AUGAUGAGCCAGCGGCGUGGGAUCCAUCUGGACCAAUCAGAGCUGCUUUGCAAGAAAGGAUGUGGUUUUUAUGGCAACACUGGUUGGCAGGGCUUGUGCUCAAAGUGCUGGCGAGAGGAAAAUCAGCGAGAAAAGCAAAAACAGAUUCAAGAAGACUGGGCACUUGCUGAGAGGCUGCAGAGAGAGGAAGAGGAAGCGUAUGCAAGCAGACAUCAGAAGGCCCAAUCACAGCCUAUCACACCCUUCAGCAAGUUCGAGGAAAGAAAAACUAAAGAAAAGUCCAGCAAAGUCAACACAGUCACAAAGUUUUUUACUCCUUCUUCAAAAACACCACCAAAAAAAGAUGCUGCUCCUUUUGACACGCUGUCCAGCCCGAGCCCCAGCUCCUCUGCAAGCCGGCAUUCCUCUGUGGACAGUGACCAUGCAACACGAGAGUUCAUUGAUUUUCUCAAGCCUCUGAAGUCUGGCAGGGAGAUCUUCAAACAGUGCCGGGCCUUCACUGAGAGCAUGGUCUACAAGCGGGACAUGGGUGCUGAUGAGCUGUCAGAGUGUGUGCAGGACUUCUACCAGAACCUCUCAGAACGCCUCCAGACCCAGUUCAAAGGUUCGUCAGACCAUGUAGAGAACGUUAUGGAUGAAGUAGAGAAAUACAUGAUGACUCGUCUCUAUAAGGAAGUUUUCUGUCCUGAGACCACAGACGAUGAGAAGAAAGACCUGGCCAUUCAGAAGAGAAUCAAAUCCUUGCAUUGGGUCACCAUUGAGAUGCUGUGUGUUCCUGUAGAUGAGGAGAUCCCUGUGGUGUCUGACAGUGUAGUCAAAGCCAUCACAGAUGUGAUUGAAAUGGAUUCAAAGCGCGUGCCCAAGGACAAGCUGCGGUGCAUCACUCGUUGCAGCAAGCACAUCUUCAACGCCAUCAAAGUCAGCAAGAAAGAAGCUGCGUCUGCGGAUGACUUCCUCCCCACGCUCAUCUACAUUGUGCUGAAAGCAAACCCUCCGCGACUGCAGUCCAACAUCCAGUAUAUCACUCGCUUCAGCAACCCCAGUAGACUCAUGACUGGAGAGGAUGGUUACUACUUCACUAAUCUGUGCUGUGCGGUGGCCUUCAUUGAGAAGCUGGAUGGCCAGUCUCUGAACCUAAGCUCUGAGGAGUUUGAGCUCUACAUGUCGGGCCAGGCAUCCCCCCACUGGCCACAGGCCACUGGAGCUUCUUCUUGCUCCCCAGGCAGCGCAGCUCUCAAUCAGGUCCACAAACGACUGGACCUUCUAACAGGGCUUGGGGAAAGGCAGGAGCGGGUCAUGGAGAAGGCUCGCCAGCUGGAGAGUGACCUCAUCGACUGGACGGACGAAGUGGAACAGAAGGUGCAGAGCGUUCUGGAGAGCUUUCCACCAGAAACACAAAACCCUACUGCAACCACAGCUAGUGGGGCAACGUCUGCAGCAUCAUCAGCAAUCGACGCUGAUAACGUUGAGAAUGAGCUCCUGCCCCCACCACUGCAACCGCAAGUGUUUGCUGGUUGAUGUGAAGAGCUCUACUCUAAAAAUAAUUCCUCUAGAGGCUUUACUCCACCCUCCCCCUUUUCCCUGCUGUUAAACUUUGCUGUCCGUAUGCACAUACAGCAGACAUCCAAUAUGGAUCCCAUUUCGACUCCAGUCAUCUCUAUUCCAUCCAUCCAUUGUCCUAGACCUAGAGGCCCUGAGACUAUACUGAACAGUAACAUAACUAUUGAAUUAAAGGAAUAGUUUGGCAUUUUGGGAAGCACACUUAUUUGCUUUCUUGUAGAGAGUUAGAUGAGAAGAUCAACAACCACUCAUGUCUAUACGGUAAAUAUGAAGCUGCAGACGGUUAGCUUAACAUAAAGGCUGGGAACGGGGAAACAGCUAGCCUGGCUCUGUCCAAAGGUAACAAAAAUCGGCCUACCAGCACCUCUAAAAGACACAAAUUAACAUGUUAUAUCUUGUGUGUUUAGUUCGUACAAAAACCGAAGUGCUGCUUCUCGCUUUGUGAGCUUUAGAUGUGCUAGUAGGUGAAUUUUGUUGCCUGUGAGCAGCAGAGCCAGGGUAGCUGUUUCCUCUUGUUUCCUGUCUUGGUGCUAAGCUAAGCUAACAGUCUCCUGGCUUCAGCUUCAUAAUUAACGAACAGACAUGCAUUUCCCAAAAUGUCCCAGAGGCCAAGUACACUCCAAGCAUUUUGACAUGGUUGAAAAGUCAAGGAUCCGGUGCAGCAUCUGUGGUAAAUCCCUGACAUUCUACUUCUACUACAGUUUCAGGUUAAGCAGACUUGUACUGGCAUCCGUGACCCAGCAAUUUCCUUUGGUUUUCCCAGGCUAUUUGGGAACUAUAACCCACCGGACCACCUCAACUGACUCCACUCCAAGCUCUUCCUGAAACACAUCUUUUGGUCACCCACAAUGGCAUCUUCAGUACCUCAGUACUUCUUCAUCCUUGUAAUUGUUGUUACAUUUGUGCAGCCGGGAUAAAUAGAUGGAUGUGGUUUUAAAACAUCCAUCAUUAUUCGCAACUUUUCAGUCAAGGUUUUUGUUAUUUUGUUGUUGAUGUCUCCAAGUGUAAAUUGAGAAGUGAAGGCUGAAAGUGACAAACAGAACCUCACUGCCCAAGUCACAUCUAAUAACAUAACAGGAAUUUUCAGUAAAAUAUGUUUUUGGCAAAGUAAAUUGAGAAAACUGAAUAAUGCGAAACUUAACUUCCCCUCAGUAAAGUAGCCCUCCAGCUCAUGCUCGUGAUUUGUGCUGUAUUUAUUCUGUACACUGUAAAUAUCCAGAGAGGAAGAGAUGUGCGUGUGUGGCAGUUGUGCAUGCGGGAAAGUGUGUGCGAAUGUGAGCGUGUGUUGCAUGGACAUGUUCCGUUAAUGUCAACGAAUCAUAAAGUCCUCUUGUUGUGCGUACGGAUAUUGUAAUCUUGUUGUCAGACGUCUCAAUCCAGUCAUUAGCUGGAUGUACAGAAGUGAUUUUAUUUUUCUAUAGAGUGGCAGGUAUCAAUUCUUUUGGAUGCAAUAGGAGACAUUAAUCCUGUAAUAUUUACAGUAGUAAAGAACAUUGCUUAAAGACAAGUUACGUGAAUUCUAAUGAUUGAAUAGUAAAAUUUUCAUCUAUUCGUUUAUCUUCUCAAGAGGGUGUCAUAAGCAUGUCCAUUUUAAAAACAAAACAAAAUGUUUUUUAGAUGAUUUUUUUUUCUUGCUCUGUCAGAGCUGUUGGAUUAAGUAGGUAAGAAGAUAAAGAUGAUGCCGUUUCCCCGUAAACACACCACUAAGGCCGGUUGCUUUACUAGUGCAGAAGGAACAACAUUGCAUAACCAAUACAAAAAAUUGAAGCACUUUUCUAAUGUUUGAUUUUAAAGCUCUUGAUUCAGAGGUAUAUUUAAUGAAGGAAGUAAUGGCUAUAUUCAGUUGAAAGGAUAAUUGGUGAAAACAGUGUUGUGGGCUGAUGCCACACAGACGUAUUUGAACUGUGUCUUUGUAUUUGGCAGUCAUGUAGUGGAAGACAAUGUUUGGGAGAGUUGUGUUUGUUUUUCUUUGCUCAUGAGCUAAGACUUCCUUAUGUUGCUGGAUUUCAUUAUUUUUUUGUUCUUAUUUGCAACAUUAUAGUCAGUGUGCAGUUGCUGUCCAAUUUUAGUUUGAGAAAAUACUUUUAAUGCAAACUUAAACAAUAGCUUGAAUAACUUCAUAUUGCACUGUAUGCAGAAGCCAUUUAUCAGGUAUUUUAAAGAAGUUUAAAACAUCGUCUUUGUAACCUUACAGGUUUGUUAUUGUACCACAUGGGAGAAGGUAACUCAAUACUGUCGUUUAUUUAAAUGUAACUUAUUGGGGCAGUAUUGUUUAUUUGAUAUGGAUGUGUGAUGAUGAUUAAUAAAAAUUGAAAAUGCA